CUCCCCGCCACGAACAUCAGUACCACGGCGAGCGCGGAAGUGUGCGCUGCUUCCUCUCCUGCCCCGCUGUGCUAGUCCUUGCCCUCUCCGGACCCCGCGCCGCACUUGGAUAUUAUUUACUCCGGCCCGGUGACGUCCACGGCAGUGGCGACUACAGUGGAAAACAUGUUCAAAGUGAUCAGCUCAGUGAAUAACUACCUGAACUCCGGCCCCGUCAUGGGCAUCCCGCAGGAAAAGCUUAAACAAGUGGCGCUGGCACAUCGCGACCACCACCACCAUCACCACCAUCAUCACCACCACCACCAUCACCACCACCACCACUCGCAGCUUCCCUUCGAGCUCCAGUACACCGUGGACGAUGUGCUCGGCGAGGGCGGCUUUGGGAGGGUCUACGCUGGCGUGAGAGUCAAAGACAACCUGCCCGUGGCCAUCAAGCAAGUGGCCAAGAACAAAGUGGCCUCCUGGGGCAAGAUUAACGGCGAGAAGGUGCCACUGGAGAUCUGUCUGCUGCGGAAGGUGUGCCACAUCCCGGGCGUCAUCAAGCUCAUCGACUGGUUCGAACACGCUGAUUGCUUCAUCAUCGUAAUGGAGCGGCCCGAGGAUGUGAAGGACCUCUUUGACUACAUCACGGAGCGCAAGGCCGUCCCCGAGCCCGAGGCGCGAUACCUCUUCCGCCAGGUGGUGGACGUGGUGCGCCAGUGCCACGCCGCGGGGGUCAUCCACAGAGACAUCAAGGACGAGAAUCUCCUCAUCACCACAGACAGACAAGGCAGGAAGGUGCUCAAGCUGAUUGACUUCGGCUCCGGAGCCUUCCUCAAGGACCACAUCUACACAGACUUUGACGGAGGCACCAAGGUGUACGCCCCCCCAGAGUGGAUCCAGCACAACCAGUACCUGGCCGGCCCUGCGACAGUAUGGUCCCUCGGCAUCCUCCUGUACGACAUGGUCUGUGGCGACAUUCCCUUCGCGCAAGACUUCCAGAUUCUUGCCGCGAGAGUCACCUUCAGGAUCCCCAUCUCCAAUGACUGCAUGGACCUGAUCCGCCAAUGCCUCAGCCACCAGCCCGAGGACAGGCCCUCCCUAGAGCAGAUCCUGCAGCACCCCUGGCUCAUGGGCCCCAAGGACUCCGGUGCUGGACUCAUCGGAUGCAUGGCUGGCUCCCUAGGGCCCAUGGGCCUGCUCUCAGACCCCCACAUGGACAGCGACGCCGCCUCCUUAGACAAGCACUCCACGGGCAGCGACGCGUCUCGGGAGUCCGAGUCAGAGUUUUGACGGACGGGAGGCGGGUAGUGUGCUGAUGUCCUGUCAGUCCCUGGCCUCGUGUAGUGUUGUCUAUGUCCCAUCCAAAGGCGCUGGUCGCCAUACCUCGCAGCUCCGCCCCGGGCCCCGCCUCCCUGGUGUCGGGGCGGCGCCCUCAGGCUGUCGUCCUGAACGGUGCUACCCCCCUCCCUCCACCCCCCCCCCCCUGGUGCCUCGCGCACGCUAAUCUCACCAAAGCCUCUCAAACAUUGCCCACCCUCGGGCUGGCCAGUGUUAUUGUAUUUUCUCUAAGAGAAGUUGUAAGUAAAAUUGUAAUUUAAAGUUAUAUUUAUAGUAAGUUAUAUUGUACAUAUUGUAUGCUCUAAGAUCGCCUGACUUGUCAGGUAUUGAUGCCAUCAAUGCAACCAAGUUUUUGUAUUAAAUGUUUAUACAAGAAUAUUUUUUGUAAAAAAUACUAAAAUUGCAAAAUAAAAUUCAUGAACUUUAAACAAA